GAUUAAUCCGAAAUCUACGCUCACAGAUUUUCUGAAAAUUUCGGACCGAUAUUUGACAAACACUGAGAAAGAGGAGUUCAAUUGACAAGACAGAGGAACGGACGGUGUCUCUGUCUCGCCGGGAUAUCGGCGAUCAGUUGCCGGAGUUACUGCCGCGGCCACUCUGCAUCAGCUUAGGCUUCCGUCGCGCUGGAUCACAUGGCAUGAAAUUGUUCGUUCGAGUCUUUGGGUUGUUUUGUUUCUGAUUGAUUCCUUCUUUCUUUCCACUCUUCAAGUUUGAAAUUCACUGGAUCUGACUUACUCUCGAGUCUUGAACUCACUUUCAUGCUUUAAGGUUCCACUGUUACCGAUCUGAAACUUGCAAUACACUGAUUUUCAGGUAUUGUUUUGAGAAAAUCUGGAAGUGAACUGCCUUUGAUGGGGAUACUGUAAUUUUUAUACGUAUAUUAAUUGGAAAGUCUGACUGAUCUAUAGAGUUUCAAGCCUGAUGUUUUAGAAGGAACUCUGAAAAGCAUGAGAUUUUUUAGGAAUACAUUGAUCUUGCAAGAAAGAGGUUUAUAAUUAGUUACUGGCUGUUAUGGGGCUUAAGAGUUUACAAGGAUUCGGUGGUCUUCAGACAAAGGGAGGUUCUUGAACCUUUUCUUUUAUUUAUUGGAUCCAAUAUUUGGGGCAAACAUGGAUUUGCAUUUGAAAAGUCUGUUUGCAAGAUUCCAUGAACAAUUUGGGUCUGGACCUGGACUUGGUCCUGGAUCCGGAACAUGUCUUAUGAAGAUAGAAGGCAUUACUCCUGCUUUCAUUAAGUCACUGUUUAGAGCUUCGGCAGCUCUUUAUAGGACCAACCCCUGGAAGAGAUUGCGUCCAGGGCACCUGUUCGGUAUUCGAGUUGGUAAGGACUCUGAUUGGUCUGGAAAGAAACAGCCCUUCCCAUGCGUUCAGUUCAUUGGAGGGGACGGUGGUGAUUUAGGGUUUAACAUGUUUCGAUCUGAAAAUGAUGCUCAGAGGAUGACAGGUUCAAGAGAGACGAUUCGUGUUCCGCACAUUGAGCUUUUGAGGGUAACAUAUGAAAUUGAGUCAUUGAUGUUCCCCUUAAAUAAAAGAAUGAUUAGGUCUUUGUCAUUGGAAGCGUCGGGAAAUGAUCGCUUUCCUGUCAUUGAUGUUGCCCGUUGCACAUCGUCUGGCGAACUUCAGUUUAGGAAUCCUACUCUAGAAGAGCUUAGGUUUGUUUAUGCAUUCAUGAAAUCCCUUUCUUUGGUGCACCCACUGCUUCAGGAAGACAAAGAAGCUGGUCCGAAGUGGUCCAGACUGAUUUGUUUUGAGCCUUUUAUUGAAACAGUUGAUGUGCAAUGGCCUCCAGAAAUGGCCAAAGGUUAUGACCUGGUUGCAGUUACGGUCUCACACCCGCCUGGUCAGGCAUAUGAGGAAAAGCCCAGCUCGACAGCUAGUUCAACACCUACUAAAUAUGCAGAACCACCAAAGGAAGAGAAUUUUGUUGAUGUGAAAAUAAACUCUACUGCCAGUUGGAGGCAGUGUGCAAUGUGUGAGAAAGAAGUCCGUGGUGAGCAAUCCCUCUGUUGUGGGCAGUGUGGCUCUAUAUUUUACUGCAGUUCUAUUUGCCAGAAGCACCAUUGGAAGGAGUCGCAUAAAAGCAAGUGCGGACUUUACAAGGCCAUGAUGGAAAGGGAAGAAGAGCUGGCAAUGAAAAUUUUUAUGUUCCCCUGUUCUGUUGAACAACCAUGUAAAUGGCUUGAAUCAUUGGGUAUCCAUGAGAAGGGCAUGUGGAGGAGAAAGUGUAGUUGCUAUUCUCACUGUCCUUUUGGUCUCCUUCCAAAUAAGGGUGGGCUGUGGGAUUCAUGGGGCAGGUUGGAUGAUGAAGACUAUCCUCAUGAUUCCCCUUUUCCAAACCAAUUAGGAGAUGGGAUGUCAAGCCCAAUCCUUCUCUCUGGCUGGUCUGAGUACUAUAAUCUCCGAUCACUGCCAUUGUCAAGCCCUGUUGCUGACAUUCUCUCACACCCGCUGACAGUUUAUUACAUUUUAACAGCACUCAAUAUUAGCUCAAAGAACCGCUUACUAAAAGGGAAAGAGGUAAUUUUACACUACCUUGGCCCUGAAGGAGAGUUGGAUUGGAUACCUGCAUUUGCAGAGGUUGGUCAUCUACUUAAUGGGAUGGGCAAUAUUCAGAUAGUGAUGGUGGGGCCUGAAGUUCCAACAAAUAUUUCGGGGACUACUUCAGGAAUAGGUAGCAGAGUAAGAGUGAAUCUCGUGCGGGGUUUUUAUCAGGAAGAAGCUGCCUACCUCCCUUCUCCUCAUGUUGUUGUUGCACUGAACUGCAGACUGGAUAGUCAUCGAAGUUGGGUUGGAGCUCUUGAUUUGGUAAAAUCCAUGGGCAUUCCAGCAUUCUUCACUGAUCAGUCUGAGAUUUUAUGUGCAAAUGCUAAACAGGUUCUUCGCAGUUCCGGAUUGCAUAUCACCCAUCCAGUGACUCCAAAUCCUUUCCGCUCUCCAGUGAGGAUUCACGUGUCUUCUAGCAAUCUUCCCUCAUACAGCAAUGGUUUUGUUCUUGGAGUGAAUACUUGAAUUGAAGCCUUGAGAUACUGAAGCAAGCUUAUUAAUUUGUGUUUACUGACUGUCAAUUUCAAUUUCAAGCUACCAUUUGAUGACAAUGAUUUUCUGAUGAGAGAUUAUAGCAUAUGGCAACUGAGCAAUCACAUCUAACUUAUUUGCUGAGGCUAAAUUUCUCCUUUUUCCUUCAAGUGUUGAAUAAAAGUUAUGUUGUUGUAAACUACAUGUUUGGACUGUAAACAUAAUAACUGAUUUUACAUUCUACCAUUGUAAA